AUGGAUAUGGAUAUCCCCGCCCUCCCUGACCCUCCCGAGCCCGCGCCAACCGAUGCUCCGCCCUUAAAUAGAUCGAUCCGCUCAAAGACAAUUCCGGUCGACUUGGAGACUGUUGGAAGCUCUGGUCGGAGCAAUGGUCGGUCCUCCAUCGAUUCCACGUCCGACAGGCAAGCGGGGGAGGCAGAAUCAUCUAAAUCGGGAUCUAGCGGUCUGUCGAAGCUCCUCGCAUCGAGAAAGAAACGUAAGAAGAAGAGGGAUGACUUGAGACUGGUCGAUGAAGUUCCAGCCACUCUAGAAUUGGAGACCAAUGAUGGGGGUUUGUCCAGUUACUCUAACAAUCCGCGCGCGAGAGCGUCUAGCGCCUCGUUGCUUCCCCCGGAAGGUAAUGGUUCCCAAGACGACCCCUCGAAUCUCCUAACCGACGACUCUGAGCCCGACCGAACCCCUCCCCUGACGUCGCAUGAUUCGCAUUCUGGUUUCUAUACGGCCUCUUCACCUCUCAUCAAAACAGCCUCGGCUGACGCUAAUGAUACAGAUGGAGCGCAUGGUGAUGCGGAGUCGGCCGUCAGUGGCUCAACCUCAGAUCUUCGCAGCUCGAAUCUUGACACGGAACCAGUGCGCCCGGCUAGCCAGCCAGCAAGCUCAAAUCUGAGUGUGCCUACGGACCGUAACCACAAGAAGAAAAACGUAUCAAAGACUCAGCGUUUAAAGAAUGCGUUCAGCUCCGACAAGAAAAUCGUCCACCGUGACCGAGCCGAAUCAACGUCGGGUGAGAGUUCGUGGAGCGCGAGCCGACGAAGCAGCUUGUCCUCGAAGAUGGCCCCGGGUAGCAUAGCUGAGGCGCCCCCGCCGAUCCCAUCAAUUCCAGAACCAAUACGUACGGAUCUCAUGGGAGAGACCUUUCGAUCUUCGCCGGAGCGUCCCCGUCUUCAAACACCUCCUCACAGUGCCAUCCCAUUCCCUUCUACUACAGUGACGCCGCCCACCCCUCACCUUGAACAUGCACCUCUUGUUGUGAACUCCGGUAUCACAGAGUCUCCGUCCUCUAUCACAUCCCGCGAUUUACCGGCCGGCGUUGUUGUGAGCCCUUCGGGCAACAUGAUCUCUCAUCGGCGUGUUAGGUCUACUUCUUCUGUAAAUCCGAAGCCGAAAGGGAAGGUCGGGAAUCCCCAGACUGGGUUCUUUUCCUCCGUGUUUUCAGCGGCACAGACUGCCGCCUCUACCCUGACAAACACUCUCAAUGCCCAAAAGGCCCGUAAUCCAACCAUACCGGAAGCCAAUGACUCCGAAGCACAGCCGUCAAACGAGACUGCGCGAGAAUCUGAUGAAAUCAACAAAGCUCCACCGGAGGAAAAGAAGCCCAUGGCUAUUGACACUCUAGGUUCUGGUGAUCUCAAUUUCAGCCAUUUGGAUCUCGAUAUACCCCCGGGUGGAUCUAUCUCAACUCCAGAUGGUGUCGUUAUUACGAAGCCCGAUCUAGGACCAGAAACGCGCCGAAGCCCAGCCGUUUCCCAGCGAGAUGAUGCUGCUGCAAAGCUUGAAGAUAUGCGGGUUGCACGCGCAGUCACUAUGGCGUACGAAAAGGCGGAUAGCGCGUUGGCGGACGACGGUUCUGAUGUCCAAGCUAGCUCAAUGAAAGAGCCUACAGGCGCCCAGACUCCCUCAGGUGCCAGCGCAUUCGAGGGGGAAGUUGGCACGAGACCUUUCCGAAGCGGUAGUGUACGGAGUCGGCUAGCUCGGCGACGCCACAGAGGCUCAUCUGGUGCAACCUCGUCAACAAUUGGUGCGAUUGGCGCUGGCGCCCUUGCACUUGGGGUUCCAGGCGCUAAUGCUAGUCUACCCCGACUGACUGGAUUUGCCGUCGCAAGCAAAAAACGCAACAGGGACUUUCACCAGCUUUUCCGCAGUGUCCCAGAAGACGAUUACCUUAUUGAAGAUUAUAGCUGUGCUUUGCAACGUGAGAUCAUCUUAGCCGGACGCAUUUACAUUUCUGAGGGCCAUAUUUGCUUUUCAAGCAAUAUCUUAGGAUGGGUUACCACGCUUGUCAUUAGCUUUGAUGAGGUGGUUGCGAUCGAGAAAGAAUCCACAGCCAUGGUAUUCCCAAAUGCAAUUGCUAUUCAGACGUUGCAUGCGCGGCACACAUUCCGAAGUCUUCUAAGUCGUGAAUCAACUUACGACUUGAUGGUCAAUAUCUGGAAGAUUAACCACCCGAGCCUAAAGAGUUCUGUAAACGGGACGAGAGUCACGGAUUCUACUGGUGAUAAGACCGAAAAGGCCGGAGAAAGCGAUGAUGAAAGCGAAGAGGAGGAGGACGAGAUCUAUGACGAAGACGAAGACGAAGACAAUGCUGAGAGCUUCUUUGACGCCGGGGAUGACAGCAUCCACGAAAGUGAUGGGUCGUUACCUACAAAGGGUCUGCCUCGACAAGCUUCUGGAACUAUGCCAACCCUUCCAUCAGGAACCGGGCCCAAUGGGGUCUCCAAGGGUAUUAAAGGAGCCAACGGUGAUGCUGAUAAUGACUUCCCUGGCCCUCCGACCCAUCCCCCGUCUCAAUAUGAUGGCCCCGAAGGCCAGUACGACAGAGUCAUCAAGGAUGAAACAAUCCCUGCACCUUUGGGCAAGGUAUACUCUUACGUUUUCGGUCCGGCCUCCGUUUCCUUUGUCCCUAAGUUCCUCGUUGAGAACCAAAAGUCCGGUGAACUUGAGUUCAACUGUGAUAAAACCGGGCUCACAAAUGAGACUCGGACUCGGAAAUACUCCUAUAUCAAACCUCUAAACGGCUCCAUUGGACCAAAGCAAACCAAGUGCAUUAGCACUGAGCAGCUGGAUUUUCUGGAUCUUGAGAAAGCAGUUUUGGUGACCCUCAGUACCCAGACACCUGACGUCCCAAGCGGCAACGUGUUCACAACUAAAACAAAAUACCUCUUCACGUGGGCGGCAAAUAAUCAAACCCGAUUCCUCAUGACCUGCACGAUUGAGUGGUCAGGAAAGAGUUGGCUGAAAGGCCCCAUCGAGAAAGGUGCCAUUGACGGUCAAGGCACGUUCGGUACUGAUCUAAUCGCCGCCCUGAAAACCGCGGUUGCUCCUCGCGGUCGUGCAGCAGGAAAGAGUGGUGCUAAAGGCAAGGGACGACGCAAGAAGGGUGAUGGCCUGAACGAGGAGGCCGCUGCGGCUGAUGCCAAGUUAAUGUCCGAUGCAAGCGCCAAAAAGGCUGAAUCGUGGGGCUUCUUUGAGCCGCUCCGCGGUGUGCUCGGCCCCGUUACUGGUAUAAUCGAGCCGCUGUGGAAUGGGAAUGUGGCUUUCCUUGUUAUUGGCUUCUUGCUCUUCUUGCUCUUCUUCCGUCAGCCCUCCCACCCACCUAUCUUGUCCCCAGGUAUGGGAUACGCAGGAUAUUCCGUACCCCAGCGCCUGGCCGCCUACGAGGAGAUGUGGCGCAGAGAAGAAAGUGAGCUUUGGCACUGGCUGGAAGACAGGGUAGGUUUAGAUGGGAUUGCAGUUCCAACAGUGAACCGCCAGUCCGAGACCCGCGCACCUAGUCGCCGGUCUCAGGGUGAGCGGGAGCUGAAAGCCUCGCUAAGCGAAGAGACGCUAUCAGACCGGGAGAUGGAUCACGCCAUUCGCAGCACGCGGGAGAGACUGGAUACGUUGGAGCGGAUAUUGCAUAAACGAAGGUCGCAAUCCACUAAGGACACCGAGUCUUCCCGCGGGGAACUCUAG